AUGGUGAGACCUGCUGACAAGUUCAGCCUAGGGACCUCCCCUGCUGUGGAAGUGGGAGAAACACACGCAGGCGGAGGGGACCCGGGGCGAGUCACCAGGGGCGCGUGGUUCGGCGUGCCAGGAGUGCUGCUCUGCCUGCUCUCUUGGCUUCUGUCUCCCUUCGGCCGAUCGCCCCCUGUCCUGAAGCUUUCCAAUAUCAUCUUGGAGCCCCAAAGUUUCCUGGGUCCUCCGCGUUGUGUGUCCCAGAACCCCUUGCCCUCCCCUGCGGGAAACGUGGAGCGGGACUUCGGGAGCCGGCCCAGGGGAGGCCAGAUUCAGCAUUUGGACAGCGGCUCCGGGGCGCAGUCAGCCCCGCCGCGCCGUCGGCCCCGCGAGUUUGCAGGUGCACAGCCUCGGGCAGUUGGCGGCCAAGCCAGCGUGGAUAUCCCCAGCAUAACCAACACCUAUGCUGGGGGUGAAGACAAGACGCCCCCUUUCAGCCCGGAGGUGGACUCCCCUCCUGCUCUCAGCUCUCCAUUCUUCCCAAAGCAGCCCGGAUCCCUGAGUCUGGAGCUGCCAGCGAGGCUUCCAACCCGCUGCUUGCCAUCACCUCCCAGGUCGUUGGCGGCUCCGGGAGAGUCUGGCGGCGCAGGAAGGAGAGAGGGGACGAAUGGCGUUGCGACUCCCAGGGAAAAGCUGGGAGGCAAGCGGGGCGUGGGGAGGAAAGGCCAAAGCACACGGCUGGGUGCCCCUCACAGCCUGCCUCCGCCCCCUCCAUUCCGCACUGGUCGGGGUGAAGGGGGGAGCGGGGGGAGUCGCGCUGACGUCACUGCGGGCCGUGCCCGCCCGAGAAGGCGGCGCUGGGAGCCGCUCAGAGCCCAGAGAAGCGGCGCGCGGCCAGGAGCCCCAGAUCCGCCACUGCCGUGCCUGCCUCCCGCAGCUGUCUGCCAUGCGCUCGCCGGGGCAGGGGCGCCCGGAGAGCGGCGGGAGCUGGGCCUGAGCCCGGGAACGCGCCUGAUCGGGGCGGAGGAGCCGCUGUCCCCACAGCCGCCCCACCCGCGCCGCUGCCUCGCUGGGGCCCGGGCCCCCUUCCUGGUCCGUAAGUGCCACUGCCCGCUGUGUCUCGGCGAGGCUGGGGAGCGAGGGCUAGGGAGUGAGGGCGGUGGCUUCGGCCAGGGCAGCGUCAGGGAGCUGGGCUGGACUGAGAGAGGGGGCUGGGGCAUCCCUGCCCGGCCCCCUUGGGCAGCUCAGGCAGCUGGGGCUUCCCUUUGCCGCUGGGGCGGGAUGAGGGGUGCGCUCCCACUGCGGGUGGGAGGCAGGACCCAGUCAUCCCGGGCAAAGGGUUGUGGGGCAGUGGGAAGCGCCCAGAGGUGAGGACUUUGGGUGAGCGGAAAGGGGAAGGGUGCAGGGUCAGUUGGAAGUUGUGGACAUCAGACAGGUUUAGCAGAAAGGAAGGUUUCUGAAGUGAGGUUCCUGUGAGUCCCAGGAUCGCCCUCUCCCUAGCCACUGCCCCCUACCCCUUCCUUCUUAUCCCCUCCCCCACAAAAAAUAAUAACCUAGAAAGCAGCUUCCUGAAAAAAAUAUUUUGAGAAAAAUGCACCACACAGCACCCACUCUAGACAAGAUUUACGACGUUUUUCCCCCCCUGAAAUGGGAAGUUGUUGGGAAAUCCUAUCCACUCUGCUCCCCACUCCGCGCCCCAGAAUAGGCCUCUUUGGUCUGUCCGUGGGCGUCUCUGCAGCCUCCUCCAGCCUAGGCUCCACUGAGCUGGAGAAGAAUAAGGGCAGCAGUGGAGGUUGAGCCAAGUGAGGGGCUUCUUUGGGAGAAGGGUUGGUGGGGGAGUUGGUCCAGUUUGGAUCCAUCAGAGCAGGAGGUAGCAGAAGCUGGGAGAAGUUCCAGGGUCAGAUCACAGAAGCAGUACUGGAGUCCAGAAAAACACAAGGAGCCUUUGUGGCUGGGGAUAAAUCGAGGUGCUGGGCCUGGAGGGAGCCCCCUUUUGUGUCCCCAUAUCCUGGAGGAGGGGGAUUCUUAAGCCAUGGAGUGGAAGAGGAUGGAGUUUGAGGGUCUACCUUUCAAUCAAGGAACAGUGGCCAGAGGUUAGGCUAAGUAGACACUGAGAUGGGGGCAGCAUACAGGGUCCCCCUCAGGACUUCCAUUAGCAGUAUCUGCUGCUGGAGACCCCAGGGAAGGGGUACUCCUUUGUCCAGGUCUUUUCAGGAGGGGUGUUUUCAGGUUCUUGCCCAGUUUAGGCCUCCCCAGAGCCCACACCUCAGCUGCUGAGGAGAGAGGCUGGAUGUGGGAACCAAAGAGAGCAUUAGCGCACAAUUGACCAUGUGUACGUGAAGGUGGGUGUGCAGGCUUUGGGACCUCCUGGGUACAGGGAGCUGGGUCUAUCUGAACUGGGCAAUGCUGGGUCUCUCAGCUAGCAGUCCUGCCAGCCUCCAGACAAUAGGGAGAUCAGCUUAAUCAAAGCUUGGGCCUGAGGAAGGAACAAGGGAGGGAGGGGGCAGUGGGGUGAGGGCACCCUGGACUUAGCCUAGAUUGUGGCUGGAAACACUGUCUCCUAAUUAAGAACCUUUGGGGCUCAGGAAAGGAGCACUAGCUCCAGGUUGAAUCGCAGGCUGGGUGGCUGCAUCUACCUGGAGUAGUAACUGGGGAGUUCCAUUGGCCUCCGGCUCCCAGCCUCUAGAUCAGGGCAAGUCUGAUCUCAGUAGAAGGGUACCUGCACAGGGCUAUUGACUAGGGUCAGAACUGUCCCCUUCUCCUGCCACUUAACCCCUUAAUUUGUUAUGUCCUGAAAUAGAAGACACACUCCUGUGGAUUGUCAGGUCCCCUGCACUGAGUUGUAUAACUACCAAUAGGAAACAGGAACUUGGGCCAAAGCCAGCUUGGAGUCCAAGCAGCUGCCACUGCCAGUGGGUACAAGAGUGUACACGUGUACAGACAUGGGCAAGGUACCAGCCACCUGUCUUAGACUGGCUGCUAGAUGGGUGUAUGGGCCAAGUGUGUGAGCGGGUAUUGUGCAGAUUUGCUGAGUCGAGGGAGUGCAGGACCUGCAUGUGUUUGCAGUAGGAAUGGGCAUUUCCAUUGAUCUGGAUAUGGGAGUUUCAUGGCCCAGGGGCUCUCUUUCCUCGGUAGAGGUUUGAAUAUGAAAAAUUGAGUCCCAGGCCCUCAGUGGAGGCACCUAGUUGCUGAGGCUUUCUCUUUCUCUGGCUGUUAGCUUCUCCUGGUAGCUGCAGGUGCCCCUGGAGCCUGGGUUCAGGACUGAGGGGAGGAGGUGGAAGAAGUUCAGGGCAAGUUGGGAGGUGGAGAGGCAGGCCUGGCAGGCAGCUGUCAGCACCAUGGCCAGGGCCCGACCACUGCCACUGGUGCUUUGGCCUGGGUGCCCAAGUGGCCAACCAGACCCAGUACCUGAUCUUCCGAAAAUUUAGGGACUGUGCUGGGGCUGAAGGCCGAGGCUGGGGGUUUGGUGUGAGGAAAGCCCAUGGAACCCAGACCCAGCCUGAAUUGCAGGCAAAGGGGCAAUCUGGGUCAAUGCUGGUGGCAGGUUAGGUUCUCCCAACUUGGUCUCUGAAUUGGCCUGCCCAGCAGUCUGCCAGCCUCAGCUGGCAGUGCCCAGCCCACACAAUGCGCUUUUGCCUGGUGUCGACCUGGAUGGCUUCCCGGGCUCCUGUUAAGCUGUGUGUGGAAGCUGGCUGCCAACCCACGGAGACUGCAGCUGCCUUGACCCACCGGAACAGCCUCCUCUCAGGAGCCUAUGGCCUUGAGUCUCCGUCUUUCUGUGGCUUUCUUCCAGGGAAUGGGGCUGCAGUGAGGUGGAGGAGGCACUGAUUUUGGGGCAGGUCCCACUCAAGCAGGGUGUGGGAGCCUCCCCCUGGCCAGCCUCACUUGCUCCCAAAAGGGACUCGAUUUCCCAAAAAGACACUAGAGUUGUGGCUCUGAUGCAUCUGAACUGAAUUAAAAUCAGGCUUUUAAUUUUUUCUCCCAAAGCCCCAACCCGCCCUAGGCUUGCAGGCUGGCCUCCGCGCGCGGUUACCGUGAGUCUCGCUGAGGAGCCAUUUUGUGCAGCAUCCUGCUUAAAUCACACUCUGAGGGGCUCGUUCCUCGCUCUCUCUUCCCCCUCGCUUCCUCUCUUUUUUCCCUCUCAGGUGAACCAUGCUUCUGGGCCUCUCCCUGCCUCCGCAGCCCCACCCUUCCCACCCCUGGGUGGCCCCAAAAGGACUAGGGCUCUGAAGGCCGCCCACACACACAUCAAGAAGGGAAGAGGGUGCAGGUUCCUGGAGCUGCAGGAGGAGGGGAAGCAAGGGGCGCCUCCCAAUUAUGGAAAUCCCAGGAAUUAACUGUCUCGGGCCCAAAUUCAGAGCUUCCUUCCUGAACCGUGAGGGGCCUCUCUGAUCCUCUGCUGGUUCAGCUGUCCAGCCCUUGUUCACCUUCUGGAAAAAGGAAUGUGUCUGUGAAGUGGGAUUUCGAGGGAGACAUGUAAAUGGUAGGUUUGGUUGGUCACAAGCUGGCUGGGAUGAGAGCAGGAUGUCACCUGCCUCGGAUUUAGAGUUGGGAUGAAAUUAGAACAAACUACAGACAAGUAGUGGGGAAAGAGGCACUUGACAAAAUCCGAAACUUGACAAAAUCCACGUGUGUCAUUUUUAGGGGAGUAUACGGAAGGAAGGGGCUUUUAGUAAAAUCAUGAAAUAUUUUCCAAACCAUCCACUUUUGGCCCCUUCUUUCCAACCCAUCCUACCAGGAUUUUGCCUGGCCCAGAGUGGCCCAGUGCCCCAGACCCCACUAAAAUGAAUCUGCGCGUGUAGCUCCAUCUAACCCCACAGUGCUCACUGUAGACAGCAGCAGUGAGAGUCUCUGUGACUCCCGUGUAUUGACGGCUGGCAUCUGGGAAUCCACUUGCCUAGUCCCACGUAAAAUCUCUCCCUAGCUAUUGGGCUUAAGAUUUUUCUGGGGGCAUCUAGGAGCAAAGAUAUUGCAUUUUUCAUAUUUAAUCCUUUGCCUCUUGGGGAUGGCUGACAGGUGGAGGUGAAUCAUAGGGCUCAAGGCUGGAGGGUAGCCACAGCAGCAGGGAAGAAGGGGGUGAUGGCUGGGAUGAGCACAAAGUGGUACCCAUAGGCCACUCACUUCUGGAAGGCUGCAAUGUUACCACCAAUUCAGCUGCCAGGCUCAGUUUAGGGGUGAUUCUGGGAGACCCAAGGUGGCAGUCUCUUUCCACUGUUGUGGCUACUCGGAGUGAGUGGGACACGUGUGUGCUGAGAGCUGGAGAAGGAGAGUGGAGGCAUGGCUUUGUGCUUUAAUUUUUGGUGAAAUCUGAAUUUAACCAGGAGCCAAGAUAGAGCCUAGGACUUCUCCAAGGUGCUUGGCACAAUCAGUUUUACACUGCUAGUGUGGUUAGGAACCGAGAGAGAGAAGGGACCCAGCAGCCUGGUACUCAGGGCCAAGGCCAAGGCCUGGCCCAAGUGGAGCAUAGCUCAGGAACCUCUGAGUGCCAGGUGUUAUGGGUAGGACACCGACCUGCGCUCACCCGGACACUUAAUUCCUCCCCCAAUCUCUGGUCUCUGCCGUGUGGGUUAGAUCUACUGCAAGUGCUGGGCAUGGGGAAAGGAAGAGAGAAGUUAAACGUGAAACGGCUUCUGCUCUCGGCCUCUCCGUGAGCGCUCUCGGCCCUCCUGUGGAGAUCUCCAGGUCCUAUCACACGAAUCCCUAAACCUUGUCACUCGAGCAUUCUUGUCUCCCAAACUCUGAUGGUCCGCAGUGGCUACUGGGCUCCCUGGGCCCUGGGAGGAAGACGGAGGAGUUUGGGGGAAAGACUAGACGGUGCGCACCCAAGCGCGCAGCCCUAAAGCUUCUGAGGGCAGAGGGGGCGCUUCCUUGCCCUCCGGGCUGGGAAGCCGUGAACGCCGAGGCCAUUGUAAGGCUGGGUGGUGCGGAGCGCGGGAAGGGGGCUGGGAUUUGAAUGAGAGCCUGUGAUUGGCCGAUCCCUGGACUGACGUCACUUCCCCGCGGGGCGAUUAGCCUGCGAGAGAAGGGCCGGCGGUCCAGUGCGCUGGGGGCGGCAGGGGCGCCCGAGGCUCUCUAAGCGCUCGGCGCGGGUGCCCUCCGUGCGCCCCGGGACGCCGUCGAGGCAGGCCGCCAGCGCCGGUGCCUGGACGCGCGGAACGGGGAGCAGGGGAGGAAUGCGCCGGGAAGGCGAGGGAGGAAGGGAACUGGGCGGGGGCUGUCGGCCUCUGUGGCGGGAGUCAGCGUGUGCAUGUGUCUGUCCAUUCCCUCUGGUUCUCCGCUUGCGCCCCGGGAUCCGGGAACGGCGUCAGCUCAGGCUUCCGCGCCCGGCCGGCAGCAGCACGUGGAGCCCACGGCGCGGCAGCGGCAGUGGCGAAGGGAGGCCCGUUUCUCUCUUUGGUUAUCUAGCUGUAUGAGUGCCACAGAGCCGUCAUAAAGCUAGAUAACCGAAAGUAGAAAUGACUCUCACAACUUCUGCGUGCGAGCGCCCGCCCCGCCGACCGCCCCGGCCCGGCCAGCAAGAGCCAGAGGAGCCGAGAGGAGCUGAGAGGAGCCCAGCGCCGGCCCAGCGGACUCCAGCUCCACGGAGCGGCCGCGCCCCGACCAGGUACCUGACCUCGGCUCUCUCUCUGGGGCCACUUGCAGUGCCAGCUUUCCCCCAGUCCUCCUCUUUCCUGGUACCCCACCCCUAUCCCCCAACGCCGGAGCAGGAACCCCAAAGUGGAGCGGGCCGGGGAGAGGGAGGGGGUUGGGGUUGCAGAGGGGUCGCUGAAAGGGGAAGGCGUCAGCCUUCGCCUUCACCCCAUAAAUCAGGCUGGAACAAUCCGCUCCCGGAGCUGCGGACGGGGAUUUUGGGAUGCAAAUGCGAUGGGAGAGAGACAGCGGUCGGUAGGGGGUGGGUGGAGGGAGUGAAUGGGGUGGGCUGGGGGCUGCCCUGCCGCUAACAAUGCGGCCUUUAUCGAAUUAUUCGACGAGUCAGCCCCUGAGCGCCAUUAGCAUACGGCUGGGGGGUUGCCGGAGCUUCGCCCCUCGGUGAGGUCAAGUUCUUGAUAAUUUGAUCACUUUUCACGGGCUCUGGCAGCUGCCUUUGUGUGCAGUUGGGGGGUCUGUGUGCAGCGUGAAGCGGAGCAGAACUGGCGGGGAGUGCGCUCAAUGGCAAGGGGCCAGGGCAGGGGCCUCCCUCCCCGACGGGCCGGCCCUGCCCUGCAUACAAACCAAGAGCCGGCAGGCGGGAGGAACCGAGCUCAGUUUCCCUACCUCUAUGCUAGCCCCGGCUGGACUGCUCCUGCCCGAGCCUCCCCAACUUCCCGCAAGGUUAAGGUGCAGUCAAGCUCCCAGAGUUCCCCCUCCUCCCUGCCCCAAGAAGUCACGACAUAAGAUGUAUUACAAUGUCUAGCAAAUAAAAAAGCAAUUGGGGGAAAUCUGAAUUCGUUCCCAUGGCAACCCAAUGCAGCACACCCGGCCACUGAGGCUCCCAGCCCCUCUUAACUGGGCUCAGGCAGUGGGGUUUGCCCCUGCUCAGUGCGUGGGGAUCCUGACCCCACACAGUGCUAGGGUCCCUCUGGAGUUUCUCAUCUGCCUUCAGGUCACUUUUCACCCUGAUGCCUUGGCUUGUCCUGAAGCUCAGGGCUCCUGCAGCUCGGGAAACCUCCCAAGCUCCCCAACCAGUGGCUGUAGACCAAGGAAGGGACACUGCCCGGCUUCAGGGAAGAAAGGAAGAAAGGUAGGCUCAGACUCCCUGAUUGGUAGGGGGGCUUUCUAAGUAUAUGGGUAUGUGAGUGCUGUGAUAGACAGGCUGAAAUGAACUGGCACCACCACCCAGCCCUGACCGCAAUCCCCUCACCCUUUUACAUGAGAGGAAACAGAUCUGGGGAUCUGAGGUGACUCCCUAAGGGUCACACAGCUCAGAAGGCAGAGCUGGACCCCAGGCCACCUUAUGUACAUCUUGGCUCACUUCAUUCCCCAGAGCCUCUCCCUCAGUGAUUUUCAUGGCCCCUCUUCUCCCAGCCUUUGCCCAGCCCUCUUGUAAAAAUAGAAAUAUUUUUUCCAUCUUCACUCUUGCAAGCGUUUUUUUGUUCUUUGCCUAACAAAAGUAUUUUGAAAAUAGGGUAUAUGUGUAAAUGGUGAAAAUUCAAACAGUACAAAAGGAAAACCCCUUGGCUCUGAGAAGAACUGUGUGACUGAGGUGGAUGGUGGAGGGAGAUAUUCACUGUAUACCUUGGAAUUGUGAACCCUGUGAGUGUGUUACCAUUCACAGUAAAAUUAAAUAAAAAUACAAACAAAAGACCAGGCAGGGAAAGUCAGCUGCCCUCCCACUUCGGUCCCCAGUUCUCCUCAGAGAUAAUCACGGACGGAAGGUUUUCUGAAUCCCAUUGUACCCCUCCUCCAUUUUGAAAGGCCAGUCUCCCUUUUUUUCUGACAGGAGGCUGGUGAAGGGUGACUAGAGUGUUUUGGGAUUCACGAGGCUAUGGGCUGCAUCCCUUGGGCCAUCCCUCCCUUCCCAACGCACCUGGGAGCCUAUGUGCUGAUGGUGACCUCAUUUCGGAGGAAACCGGAGCAGCGCUUCCUGCCCCCUUGCCCUGCACUCCCUGCCUCCCUCCCUCACCAGCCAGCGGGUGUGGGCAAACCCCAGGCCCAGGCUUCGAUCUUCCCCUCCCACCACCCCUACCCCUUUGCUGUGUUGCAAGAACUAAUCCUUCACUUGCCAGGGUGGCUUUGCAGCUUCCCAGCAGUGUCUACGCAGUUCAGAUGAGUGUUGUUUUUAAACACCACUGUCCCAUACCAUCUGGGCUGGGCUGAAACCCGAGUUGAGGGUCCAAUGAAGGAGGAGUCUGUGCGGGAGGGCAACGCGCAUUUUUCCGCUUUCUACGAAAAUCUGUUGAUGCAAACCUCCCGCUUCAGAGAAAGAUCGCGGCAGCAAGGCUGUGGAGGGUGAUGAGCGUGCCAAUUCUAAUCUCCAGGAGCCCAUCCCACACGUUCCCGAAAUGGCCCUCGGAGAGAGGCCAGAGGCCAACUCAUCCCAUUUCGGCCUCCUGGUACGAGUGCCUGCCCCUAAUAGAGCAAUGUUCGAAUCCCCCUUGGACACUUAAAGCCCAAGGCACAGACUCAAAAUUAGUGCCUGGGCCCAUCAACUUCUUCAGGCCUGCCUGGACCUGGAGUAGGGGGACGGGUCUGGGGCCUUCUCAGCCCCUCCUCUCCUCCAUUCCUGUGCCCCAGGAAGGCCUUCCCCAAGCCUCCUCUGGCCACUGGGUCCCCACGUUUGGGCUUCAUUUUUGUCUCCAGUUUGUGCUACUCUUUCUUCAUCCAAAAAGGCGUUGGAGAUUCCGAGAAUCUGCUGCAGCUUGGAAGCCAGAAUCUUAGAGAAUCUCGGAUACUCCUCACCCCAUUCCUUUCAUUUUACACCUAGAAAUGGUGUAAAAAGGCCCAGUGGCUCGCGGAAGGUCGCACAGAAGGCCACUGACAGGGCAGCGAUCGGGACAGCCACCGUGGUGGGCGAGGCAUCCGGGGCUUCCUUUUCUCUGGUCCACGAACUCCCAACUCCGAACGCGGUGGGACUGCAUGGGCCUCUGCCCGGGUCAAUGAAAUGCGCUGCCAAGAGGAGGCCGCGGCGCGGCCCUGAGACCUGAUCUCCACAGGCCGGAGAGUUCUCUGCUGGCCGCGGCCCGACCUCCCGGGAAAUGGGACCAGAUCACGGAGGGAGCCUGGCCAGGAGGCCUCCUAGGACCCAGCCGCGACGCUGAAAAGCAUGAAGGGUCGGAAUUAGGCACUCAUUUAGCGAGCGUUACUAAUCCGAAGUUACAGCGCUAAUUCCCUGAUCCGGCCGCUCCCACACGCAGCGCCGGGAUUAGAGGCGCGGCCGCCGCCCGCCCCGCCCUCACACCCCAAACGCGCCCGCCCUGCGCCCUCGAGCUUCGGGCUCAGGGCUAAUCCGCCGCGCCGCGCUCGCCUGGCCCGAGCGCGCGGCGGGUCGGGCUCGGCCAGCUGGGGCGAGCCGGCCUGUUCGCUGACUCAGGCGCCCGGGUCCGGGCUGGGCAAGGAGCGCUUGGCCUGGAGCCACUGGAUAGCCCAGGCGGGACGGAUGCGCCCUCCAGGGCCCAGGCGAGGCCGCGCGGUGGAGAACCGCCGGGAUUUCUCCAACCCGCGUAUGCGCACCCACAGCAGCGGCCUUUGGAGGCCGCGGCGCCAUUUUAGUGGCCUUCCUUCCCCCUUGGCAUCUGUCGUGUACGGUGUGGCUGGGUGUCCCCAGUUCCCCCAUCCCGCCCUGACUUUGGCUGCCCGCUCCACCAGCCUGGAUAGAGUGACCAAUCAGCUCUGACCUAGGGUGGGAUGCACGUCACCAUGGCGACGGCUAGGGCGCCCUGGCGAUGCUGCCCAUCGUAGAGGGCGAGUCUUCACUCCGCCUGGAUGGGUGUGAAGGGAAGGUGGGUACAGGUGUGGGGGAGGGGCGGACGGAGGCAGGCUGUGGCACCUCCUCCCCAUUCCCACCCCAUUUUGCCUACAGUCAGUUCAGCUGGGUCAGGCUGGGGACAAAUGGAUGUUGUGGAAGGCGCCUGGGUAGGGGCCUGGGCUCGUUCUGGGGCGGCUCUUCCACAAGUCAUCUCAUCCCCCGCAGGACCUAGCUCUGGUAUAAAGGCGUAUCUUGGUCUCUCAUCCUCUUCUAUGUCUCUCUGCCAAAGACAGUGGUGUUCAGGAGCCUCCAAACGCUUGCCCCUCAAUUUUCUUGCUGUUAAGUGCUGUGAUUUUAGACAAGUCGCUUUCCCUAGGUCUUAGUUUUUGCAUCCAGAAGAUGGGCUGCUGUGCAGGCUCAUGCAUGGAAAGCCUUGAGUGCACACUGGGUGCUCUUUCAGUGUUAGAGCUCCUUCUCCCUUAGCAGGGAGUGCAAGACCUUUGGGGGCAGGAUUCAGAACCUGAGGAUGUCCUUUCUGUCCAGGGCAGCCAAGUUUGGGUUUCUGGUGGCUUCCUAGAGCCAGCUUUUCAUCUCUUCUCCAGACAGCUGGCAGAGGAGGGGAGGAUUUUUAAAAAUAGAGCCAGGGUGGGGGCUGUGGCUGGAACAAAACCUUGGUCAGUGGCUCUGAGAAUGGGGCGCUACAGCUCCUAAAGCUCUGGCUCCUUCCUUCAAGCCUGGUCUGGCUUAAGCACCACUUUAAGUGGUCCCGGCAUUCACUGGCCAGCCCCUCACCGCAAUUGAGCUGCAGGGGUUUGAAAAGAGGGCCAGGGCCUCAAUGACAGGACCUUGGGCCAGGCUAAUUGGUUUUGGUUCAAGGGGAUAGUGGAUUUGUGAAAAGCUCCAAACCGCCUUUCCCACGCCAGAGCCAGGCCACGGCUUUAAGGAGAAGGGUUCAAGGAGCUUGGGGCCAGGCAAGAAAGCUGGGAGCGAGGUGCCUUCAGCUGAUGACCCUGCUCUCAUAGCUAAGACAGCCCUCUGGUUGGAGAGGGUAGGAAGCUGUUGUGAGGCCACUUCCAGGAGCACCUGCAUUUAUGGCCUGUCAGGUACUCGAGAGUCAGUUGGAUAUAUUCCUAACCUUCUCCUACACAUGGCUGUGCCAAGAAAGGGGGCUCCUCCUUUGGUGUACCUUAGUGGUGGAUAGGCCCCAUUUUCUCAAGUGGGAUCAUCCAGUAAAAAAGCCAGCAAUGGCCAGGUUUAAUAUUUCUUGCCCUAGGAGCUGGACUAAACCCAGGCUUUUAUAUUCUGGGGGCAUUCUGGACUCUAUCCUGAGGCAGGUAUGCAGUUGGUCUCAAGGUGAUAACCCACUUCUGUCUCUUGAAAUGUCCUUAUACUACCCUGGGCAUGGACAAACAAAGCAGAGGUGAGAAACAGGAAGCCCUUGGUACUUUAAAAAAAAAAAAGUCAAAUAUUUCUAUUCUCAAAAGUCCAGUAUUAAUUAUGUUAUGACUUAAAUCUAUCAUCAUUAUAGAUAAUUUUAAUAUAAAUGCCUUGAAGCAUAUAUCUUAAGGUGUACCAGUUACCUAUGUGUUUGGACAAAAUGAUUGCACAUUCGUAUAUGUAAUAUACCCAUUCUAUGUGUGCAUAUAUAUAUGUAUACAUGGUCUAUAUAUCAAAUCAUAUGCUUAUAUUAACAAUCAGUUAUGUUAAGGUUGAAGGCAGGGUGGGGUGCUAUAAAUCAUCAGCCCCAUUUAAAAUAACAACGUUGCAUUGACUGAGACCAGUGUUUCAUGGUUCAUUGUGUGUUGAGGGGAGCAUUCCUAUGUGAUCACAGGCUGAAGAAACCCCCUACCUUUUUUAUUAUCAUCCAAAUUUUUCACUGUGUUUGCCCACUUGACGCAUAUAAAUAGGAGAAAGGCACUUUGAAGAGAUAUAGAACUCUGUGUAUCACAUUUUCCAUUUUUAUUUCAAUUUUUAAUUGCCCAGAGCCUAAUUUCUUUGGGCCUCUGCUGAUUUGCACAUUUGAGAUUCAUGUGUAAAUAUGUAUGUGGCAUGUGUGCACGCCUGGGCCUCCUUAUCACAAAGUGUGCUCUCUCGGUGUUUAAAUACACACAAUCCACAUCGACACAUGAUUAUGGGCUUACGUAUUUGCUUCUUCUCUAGAAUCGGGUUAAUUUUCCCUUCGCUAAUCCUCAAACCCAUUAAGUUCCCCACCUCCCCACCCCCACAAAAAAUUGCAAACCCUACCACAGACCAGUGGUCUCACCCCACUUCUCCAGCAAGCAGUUCUCCAGGCGGGGUGCUGGAGUGAAGGUUCCUAUUAGGCAGACUUCAUUAAUGUUACCAAAUAUACCCUGGCACAUUUACUCGCCUACUAUGAAGUAUUACCAUAAAUAAUUAAAAUUAAACUGCACUUGUCAAAAUAAAUGAACAAAGUAGAGUUAGUGAUGUCUUUGCCUUGAUUUGCUUGGUUUGCUUAUUCACUAAUUUGAAGAAAGAAAGUGGGAAAAGCAAAGAAAGAACACUGCUACAGACUGCCAUGGGAUGGACAGAGGAGAUAGGGAGAGAAUGGGGGGGGGGUGGGAGAGAGAGACAGAGAGAGAGAGAGCCCUCAGUCAUCUGCCCUUGGGUUUCCAGUCAUUAGGGCACUCUGGGAGGCUGGAAUGCAGCCUUUAACGUCAGCCCAUAAUGAAUAUUGAGGUGUGGAUGUGGAAGGAGGGAUUUCUUUGUUUACUGAGGAAUGGCCAUGGGAGUAGGGGAGAGGAUUGCCUUUGGGGAUUAAGGAGUGGGCUUUGUUUUUAUAAAGGGCCUUACUUCUUUUCUGAAGUUUUCUGCAGCUAAUUGAUUCAAUUCAGACAUUCCUCUUCCCCACCCGGCCCUGGCCACGUGUUUGUGAGAUGUGCACAGCCCCAUUUCCCCGUCUGCUCUGGCCUCUUUUUCCACUGUGACCCUUGAAAAGGGUGUGAACCUUCACAUCAACGAGAUCACAGGCUAUGGGGAAAACAGUAAGGGGCCGAGACCUUUGUAAGGAUAUGUGUGUGAUACAGAUGCACAUACAUAUACACGCACCUAUAUUAAUAGACGUAUAAUUUACAUCUAGAAACAGAUCAUAGGUGUACAGUUCUGUGGGUUCUGACAAAUGCAUUUAUACCCAUGUACCCAACACCCAAGAUAAACCUCACUUCCUUCAUUCCAAAAACUUCUUUCCUACCUCUCAGCAGUCAAUCCCUGCCAGUCCCCAUUCCGAUGUCUCUUACCAUAGAUUAGUUUUACCUAUCCAGAGUUUCAUAGAAAUGGAAUGUAUGCCAGGGCUUUUAAAAAUGAAUUUAUUUCGAGUCUGGAGGGAGCACUGUCCAGGGAGGCCUGGUUGAGCAUGUGUCCAGGAGCACUGGGCUUGUGUUAAACACUGUCCCCUUGGAUGGGCCCGGAAGUCAAACCUGUCAUUAGAUUUUUUUUUUUUUUUUUUUUUUUUUUUUGGUUGGGGGAGCUGGUGUGGGCUGGUCGUCCUCCAGGAGAGCCCUGUUCUCACCCGAGGUCUGUUAAUGAGCUGGGGACAGGUGAGCCUCACACGUUCCAACUUGGCUGCCUUCAGCGGCAUCCAGGAGCAGUGGUGAGCUAUUAAUGGAAGGUGCUGGCUUUGUGCUAAUUAGAACUUCCUUUCAGCUUCCAUCUGCACAGACACUGGAGCCCCUCACUGGUCAGCCUCACCGUUCCAACCCCCCUCAGUUUGCAACCUAGUUUUUGUCCCCGCUGCCCCGCCCUCCAUGAAUUAGGGGGUACUAUGAGUGGAGCUGCUUUCCUCUAUCUCUGGUCAAAUCCUGGCUCUUUGUGUAUUGCAGAACUGCACUGGGUGGUAUUUCUCAGGCCUUCUCUCUCUUGUUGGGGUGAAGAUGGACUUGGAAGAUGGAGUUGGAAAGGGAUUUGGGCACCAUGGGCACCCUCCUGGGUAGGCUGGACUUACAUCAUUGACCUGAGUUUGUUUUAUGAAAGACCUCUCCCCUCUGCCCUCUGGAGACAGUGGCUUCAGACCCUUGUCCUUUCCAUUACCCCUAGUCCUGAUGUCUCCCAAGUCUGAUGGUACCCACCCAUCUCAACUACAGCUGCCAUCUUUGCCAUCUCAGGCAGCCUACAGGUAGGGGCUGUGUCCUUGGCCCUCUUCUGAAAAAAAAAAAAAAAAAAAACACACACACACACACACAACCUAUUUUUUUUCCUUCACUUUUGCUUUUUAUUCCUUUCACCUCAGGCCCAAUGGAUAUAAUUUUUUUCUUUAAUGGAGGUUGUCUCUUACAGAGGUUUCAUUGAAAAAGAAGAAACAACGUCACAUUAACGUCAUUUAAAGAAAAAGCACCUCUCAGAAUGGAGGUUGGGAAAGCUAGGGUUUCCUGCCUGAAUAUCAGUUCCUCUAUUGAAACGAAGGGAUGAAAUCCCUUGUAAGGAACUCAAGAGAGGAGCGUUUCCUCAAAAUGCUUUCUUUAGCUCCUGAGUCUCCUUAGGUCUACACUGGGGUUGUGUGUAAAAAUACCAAGCCCUCCCUGACAAUGCAUCUCCUUCUCUUCUGCUUGAAUUAUCCUGAUAAUGAGAGUUCACCCACUUCUUUGACAGUGUAGACUAGGAUUUUAAAAAUUGGAAGUGAAUUAUUGGACAGUGUGACACUUUACCAGAUUCCCUCAAGGUUCUAGACCUACGCUAAAGAGGGGUGGAAAUGCGUCUGGGGUGUCCAAAAGGGCUGCAGAAAUUCCCCAUCACUGGUCAUGGGGAGAGCAGGAGGAUUGGCUUCCCUCUGUGGCCUAUUCUGCCUCUGAAGGUGACAAUUCCUGAUUUGAGGCACUAGGGUGGAAGAUCCAGGACUAUCCAGGACCAGGUUAAUAAACUGGCAGUCCAGAUUCCAGAAGGGCAGCAGCUGGGGACUGGAGACAUGCCCAUGCCUGUGGGACAGAGUUCUUUUGCAUGCUUUGGACUUUACAACUCUGUAUCCUUGACAAGUCACAGGCAUCUCUGGGUGAAAUGGGGACAAUAGUACCCAUACCUCCAAGGGUUAUGUGAGAAUUAAAUAAAAUAUACAAAUAAAGUGCCUGGCAUACAAUAGGCACUGAGCAAAUGGUAGCUCUUUUUUCCAGGCUGGGGCAAGGGAUGCAUAUAAAUGUCUGGAUCCGAAGUUUGAAAUUCCACCUGCUGGAGACAGUGAACACCCCAAUAGAUACCCCAAAUCGCACUGAAGGACGGAUGAUGGGCUUCUUUCCUCCCCCAGGGCAUGCCAUACACACUGGGUCUGAAGUGGGAGAAUCGGCACCCCAAAAAACGGCUUGUGGAGCGGGGUUGCACAUGGGUGUAAAGUUCCCAGCUUGGCUGCCUGGGGAGGGGGACACAUAAAUGUCUUUAGAGAUUUGAAGGGAGCAGGAUCUGGACUGACUUGCGUUGCCAAGACGGCUGGGGCUGGGAGCCAAGGGGGUGCUGCCGGGAGGCCCGCGUUAGCUUGGGGUAUGACAUUUCUAACAUACCUGGCGCCUGCGGAAAAUGACCUGGGGUUCCAGCUCUGGAAGGUUCCGAAUCUCAGGAUUCACGAGUGGUGCUGUCCAGAGCAGCCAGGGUUGUCCCGAGGUGGUCUCGGGCAGGCUUUCCACGAUGUGCUGUCUGGGUCGCAGGUGAGAACCUCAUGGUUCUCCAUUUCCGGAACUCCAGCUCUGAGCAGGCAGAGGGGCGCUGCCCUCGCUUGCCCCUGCGGUAGCCAAGCAGGUGGCUGGAAGCAUGGCUAGCUGGCGGGUAAGGAGCUCCGGGUGAGACGGAACAGCCGGAGACCCCCAAUCCCCUUAGCUGGUGCCCCACCCGAUUUCUCUCCUGCGUCCUGGGAGGGCAUGGUUGAGGCGCCACCAGUGACCAGCAACCUCCCCAGGCUGUGGUUGUGACCUGAGGACGCGUGUGUCUCCGCCCCCAGGCCAACGCUAGGCGACCCUGAGUGCACCUUCAAGAAGGCCUGGCAUGUUUCUGGGCGGUCGUGGGGGGUGCCUGAUAUCUUGGCUCUGUUUUACAGUUACUCCCCUGCUGGUGCCUCCCUCCUUGGCGUGGUUUCUGCCUGCGAUCAGCGCCCUCUUCGCAGUCACGAACUCGCCAGAAGCUAGCAGCACUUACUAGUAGGAGGGCCCACCGGAGGAGAGGAAACCCCAGAGAGAUUGGUGAUGGUGAUUUCCCAGGAAGAUGUGGUGUGCUCCGACUUCUGUGACAGUGAGCAACGGAACCAAUGGAUGUCCAGAUGCUGGCAAUGAGUAGGCCUUCCCUACGCUGGGUGGCGUCCACACCCUUUGGCUUCCAUUGCCUGGGUCUCCUGGAGGUGAUUUGCUGGAUGAAUACUGCAUGCACAGAAUCUGGCCUUGGGUUUGAAUAUGGCAGCCAGUGGACAGCAUGUGCUUGAGUUAUGAGGCUGCCCAGGAGAUGCUUCUUCCAAGGCAGAGCGUAUGCCGAGUCCAGUCCUGGAGAGGCUGGGUGUGCAGUUGACCAAUUUCCAGUUCUAGUUUCCCUCUCCUGUUCCUCUGUCCCCAUCCAGGACAUGCUCUGGAGUCAGAAGACAGCAAAAAGAGAAGCAGAAGCCCUGGUGGCAAGAGUCCAAAGGUGGGUCCCUUCCUGACAUGGGCAUUGGGCUGCGCAUGUGUGUUUGCAGUUCUUUCCAGCUGCUGGAAAGAUGUAUUUCUGUGGCUGUAGAUGGAUGGUCCAAGGUAGAUUUAGGUUUUAGAAUACUGUUAUUUUUUUUCUACAUUCAGGGAGAAAAUAACCCAGUUUGGGAAGGACAAUUUAAAAAGGGAAAAUAUUAGGUAUGAUGGCACACCUGCAGUCACAGCUAUUCGGGAGGCUGAGGCUGGAGGAUCACUUGAGCCCAGGGGUUCCAGGCUACGGUGAGCUAUGAUCACGCCACUGCACUCCAGCCUGGGUGACAGAAUGAGACCCCCGUCUCUUAAAAAAAUGUAAUUUAAUUUAAAAGGGGAAAAUAUCCUUGGUGGUUCUUGGAACCAGCACCUACUAGGUUGACCCGUAUGAAAUUUCUUUCUUGUUGAUGAAAAAUAGUCAAAUAUUGACAAUUUCUUAUGGUUCAACCUACUAUAGUUCCAUUCCUCUGGGAUGGUAGAGGGAACCCCAGAAACACAUUUUAAAGAGUUUCUGAUACUUGAACCAUUUGUGUUCCUCUUCAUCCUAUGAUACCCUUCACAGAAUUUUUUUUUUAACAGCAGGAAGGAAUCACUGUAACCUGUGGAUUGUACUGCAGUAGGAAACUAUCCUAGCAAGGCUCCACUUUGCCCCAGCUUCAAGCUGGAAAGGAGGAGAACAUGAAACGUUGCUUGAAGACAAUGGCCGAGACAGCAGGUCCCACCCUGCACAGCCGCCAACAUCUCUUCCCUCAGCCUUGUCUCCUCUUCUGCAGUUGGGAUCUGCACAUUUAAGCCUGAAAUUGUCCUGUGAAGUGAAGUAUGAUCGGACAGCCUCUUUUCAGCUUUUAUGAAAAUGGAGACAGAGGAAUUGUGGCUCUUGCCAAGGUCACAGGAUUGGAACACAGAGCCAAGCCACCCCAGGACAUGCAAGAGCCUCAGAAGGGAAAAAGCCCAGCAGGAAGGGAGAACAAGUAGCCUCUGUUCUGAGGUUGUAACAGCCAGGGACCAGGAUGGAGGAGGAGGACCCCGUAAUCCUGCCCAUCUGGGACUUGGCAGGGGAUCUGGGAAAAUGUACCCCAACCCAUCCCUCAAGGGCCUUUGCCUUUGGCCCAUUGGCCUAGCAUCUCCUUCUUCACUGUGUCUGUUCUUGUCAGAUCUGUUUGGGUCUGAGGUGCAUGGAACAUUCUGGGUAGGCCUCCAGCAAACGGAAGCUCUUCACCGUGUUUCCAGCCUAGGACCAAGGGCAGCACACUGGCAAAGUUGCCAAAGCAAGGGACUCCAGCCUUCUAGGAGUUAACGACUCCCUCUCCCCAGCUGUCCUCCCCUUGGUGCUCCUCUUCCUCCCUCCUCCUGCUCACAGCAGGCAGGGCCUGGACCCGGGAGCCAUGCUGCUGUGCUGUUGCCAGGGGAGUCCGGAGGCAGAUCUGAGCUAUGCAGGGAAAAGGCCCGGCCUGUCAAAGUGUCUGAGAUGAACCGCCGCCGUCCCUGUGCAGCUGGGCUCAGACGUGUCUCAGCUCUUGUUCUAUGCCUGAGAAUGGCGAAACCCAGUGAGGUUCAAGGGCAAACUCGCUAUUCAUUAGUCAGGGGUUCUUGACGUCCCGUCUCUCCCAGGGAUGGGUUCCCCCCCUUCCUCUUUCUCCCCCUCCUAUGACACAUUCCUGGGUGCCUUUGGUGAGGACUGCACACCCUCCUCCUGUCUAGCCCCCUUGCCAAAGGCCUCUGAAUAAACUCCCCCCAAGGAGACCAGGCGGGGCAGAGACAAUGGCUGCAGGAAAUCAUUCAGGCGGGACAUGCUGGCCUGCCCUCCACCCAGUCCCCCUGUGGGCCCCACUCCCUUCUGAUUCAGGGCACCCUUGGGCCCUAGCCUAUACAGGCCUGGAUAGGAAGAAACCACUGGGAACAACCCUAAGGACAUCAUGUUAGUCCAGUGCCAUUCUCCACUGGCUCUGUGGGUGCCUUUGUGGCCUGCACUAACUGGCAGGCUAAUUUUGUGGUUUCUGUACCAUCACAUGCCUAUUUCAAGACACUCAAGCACUGUCAGUUGGGGAGUGUAAAUUCUACAAUAUUUUCUGAAAUGUGGCAAUAUCAAAAUGUAAAAGGCAAAUAUACUUGGUCACAAAAAUGGCACUAUUUACUCUGUGGGCAUAUUCGUAAAAGUUCCCAAAGAAUUAUGUAGAAGGAUGUUCAUCAGAGCAUUUCUUUUGAAGAGUGUAAAGAAAUGGACAUGAACCUAUGGUCUGUUCAUACUGUGGAAUACCUAUGCAGCUGUAAAAAUCGGUGUGGUAGAUCUCCGUAUAUGAGUUGAUGUGGAAGGUUGGCCAGUUCCCAUGAUAAGGUGAAUAGAAUAAGUUACAGAACAGGCUGUGGAGUACGAUCUUAUUUGUAGAUGUUUAAAAGUGAGUCAUAAGUAUGCUUAUAUACGGAAGUAUGUACUGGAAGGCUACCUCUAGGGAGUGGGCAUGGGGGAAUGCACUCUUCUAUACUGUUCUGUUUUCUUUUCAUGCUCCUAAGAUACUUUUAUUGAAAGAUGUAAAGGGUUGUUCAGUAUAAUAGGCUUAACUUCUAUCAACUAACUUGGCAUGGGUGCUUUAAGAGGGUGGUAGUGAUGUUACUGGAGAAAGUAUCCCACAAUUACUGGUGGCUUCAGCCAUGGGCCAUUUUGGGGCCUAAUAAUCACAUAUCAUCAUGGUUGCUAGUGUUAAUCAAAAACCUACUAAGUGCCAGGCUUACUGUCUCUGGGUCUUGCUUAGGUGGGUAUCAUUAUUCCAGUUUCACCAAAUCAAAAGAAGUUAAUUGGUUUGUUGCAGCUCCUCUGCAGGUGAGGGGCAGAGCCAGGAGCUUGGCUAGGGACAGGGGAGGUGGGUGGGGGAUGGUGGCUAGAUCUUGGUUCUCAGUUUCCUUCCAUGCAGACAUUGCCCCUCUGCCCUGAGGACCUGCUUGUUUGGGGGAGGAGGCCUUUGGAGGCACUGGGGUCAUGCCAGGUGUUGGACAUGGUGAACUGGGAAGUGUCCCCAUUUGGCCAUAGCCCAAAAGUAUCACCGUGCUGGGGGGUGGGGAACAGGGCUGUGAAUGGGCCUAUUUGCAUAAGCAGCAUGUGUGGAGAGAAAGACAUCACAGGGCGGAAGAGGUGCGGGUGCCCAGUAGGGCAAUUGCCACCCCUACUUCAUCCCUGAAAGAGUAAAUGGCCUGGAAAGUGUCUCCAAGAGGUAAUGCUGCACACCACCCUCCCUGGUGGCACUGGGUCAGGCUACACCUGCCUUAGGUCAGGGGCUGCAGCAGCCUGCAGAGCUCUCAGUAGUGCCUCAGUAGCCUGGGAGGGAGCAGGGGCAGGGGGCAGGAAGAGGCAUAAUGGGGCUGUCCAGAGGGGUCUGGGAAACCUGGUCCCUGGGGCCUGGGCACAGCUACAGUCACUUCAGAUUGGCUGUGGGGCCAGUGGACUGGGAAGAAAAAAAGCAUUAAGAGUGACCAAGUGCAGAAGGCUGUCAGGUCCCAGGUCACAUGCCUUAGUGCAGUGACUCCUCAUCAUUUUAUGGUGUGUGGGUGUCAUUGGUACACCCAUUUUGCAGAUGAGGACACUGAGACCCAGAAAAGUUAAGUUAUAUGUCCUAAGUCACACAGCUUGUAAGUGCCAGAACUGAGAUCAAAACCAAGUCUCUUUGACUUUGAAGUCUGUACUUUGACUCCAAAGAGAUCCUGUUUGGUUUGGCCACUUAUAGGAGGUCCCUAAAGCUGCAGACUCCCCUUGCCAGUGCCCACAUAUAGAGAUAUUAACCCCUGCGCUGCAGGGUCACUUCAAAUAGUCUUUUAGCUGGGCUUCUCCCACAGUUCCACCUAAUGCCAUCCCUUGGGUUUUGCCCAAACCUGGACUGGGCAGCGGGGUGAAAGGAGGGGUUUACAGGGUUACAGAGCCUCAUACAGAUUGGAGCCCAUGGCUGCUGGUCAUCUGCAUUCCUGCAGGAUUGGCUGUUCCUUGGGGUCCUUGGCAGGAAGAUGAGGAUGCUCCCGAGACCUGCUCCAGUGCUUCCCAGAGGCUGGCCUGGUGGGCUCUGGAAAGACUGAGGCUGGAGAGGCAGAAGUAGGAGAGCAGCAAUGGCACUCAGGUAGCUUGAAUCACCAGGACCCUUCCAAGCCCCACAGGUCCUCCUGAGGGAGUACUAGGGCAUCCUCUGGGAGAGGUCUCUUCCUAUGCUGUGAACCCCCUGCCUUUCUUGCAACCUACAAUGAAUAAAUUUUCUUUGCAAAGCC